AUGGCCGAUAUUAUUCUUCAAAAACUCAUAGUGGACUUGAAGUCUGCACUCCAAGGGUUGCGAUCCGAUAUCACUUUGCAGAAAGCCCUCCACAACGAAAAUGCAUUGCCAGACAAAGCCCUUUCGGGUCUUUCAUCAGAAGCGCUAGACCUUCUCUCUGAGGCGAGGCUCGAGCUUGAGCCCAGCCAAAUGGUCCUUGCGGAUCACUUCAUGGGGUAUAUGAGCACGAAAGCUCUCUGUGCUGCAGUUGAUCUGAACCUUCCGGAUAUCAUGCGCGCUGGACCUGUGUUAUUCGAUAAUCUUUGCGAAGCAGCCAAUGCUCGACCCGAUCGAUUGCGUCAAAUAAUGCGCACCCUGGUCAACAACGGCGUAUUCUCAUAUGACCCCACGAAAGACCUAUAUCAGAACAAUAGGGCGUCUCAAUUGUUACUAUCUGACCAUUGGACACAAUGGCGCAAUUGGGUAGACCUUUACGGCAACGAGUUCUACGAUAUGUCGCGCGGCAUCCCGCUUUCUUGUAGAAAGGACGCUGUACGUGCGCCAGCGCAAAUUAACUUCGAUACAGAUAAAAACAUGUUUGUGUACUUCACGGAACAAGGCUGGAUGCCUAAAUUCUUCAAAACUUUGAGUGGAGGUGCGAUUGCGAUGGCGCCAGGGAUACUCCAGGACUACCCGUGGGACGAAGUAUCCGAUGGGACAAUUCUUGAUCUGGGUGGCGGGAGUGGCGGGCUGAUUGCAUUGCUACUUCGUGGGCUUCCAACAUUAAAAGGCGGCGUCUUCGAUCUUGCUAAAGGUAUCGAGCAAGCAAGAAUAAACUUCCAUGGCGAGGCCGGAGAGUACAAAGAUGUUGGCUCGCGCGUGCCAGAGGAGAAUCUCAUUAUCGGAGAUUUCUUGAAAGAGGUGCCGAGCUUCGAAAUAUACACCAUGAAGUGGUGUCUGCACGACUGGGAUGAUGAAAAUGCGACUACAAUACUGCAGAACAUACGGCGCGCAAUUCGCAAAACCCCUCUCAGUCGGCUCGUAAUCCUAGAAUCUAUUCUCCAAGACGGUCAUACAGGGAGGAUGUCUCGCUAUGGAGAUCUGAACAUGAUGGUCGCUGUCGGUGGCCGGGAAAGGGAUCGGAGUGAUUGGGAGCGCCUAGCAGGCUCGAGUGGUUGGAGGCUGAACAGAAUCUUUGUGCUUAGGAAUGCGUGGCCUUCAGCCAUCGAGUUCGUCCCUGACUGGGACUGGACGCAGGGUCUCUCAUGCACGUAA